ACGGCUCUGUGGCGCGCAUAAAUAAUAGCUGGCAGCGGUGAUAAAAACGCUCACCUUGGGGCUUCUAACCCCUCCUCCUUACUCUCUCUCUUUCUUUCUUCCUUUCUGGCUGUCUAAUGGGCUUUUCCCUCCGAACAUCAUUUAAAAGUACUUUUUUGAAGGCAUCAAGCAGAGAAGAAACGUAGAUAGAUAUUUUUCUUAGUCGCUUUUUUAGAACAAAUCCGCUUAUCUGGAUGAGACACAAGGCUGCAUCAAAAAUCCGGCUUGUAUGACAACAAAUAAAUACUUAGCAGGAGCAUCGAGACAACCUUAUUGGCCGUAUACAGAUUUUUGUUUUCGUGUGGAAGUUAAACGCGCAGGAGCGGCAGGACUGGUCCAGGACAGGAUCACAGUGAUGGGACGCCCGGGCAGAGGAUGUAGUGGAGGAUGGACGGUCUUGAUGUGGGUCGCCGUUGUCUGCUUGGUGUUGACUGACGGACGUAGGUCCAGGCAGCCCAGAUGCCCCGUUGGAUGCACCUGCACUAAAGACAAUGCCCUGUGUGAGAACGUCCGAAGCGUGCCUCACACUUUCCCGUCCGACGUCGUUUCACUGUCUUUUGUAAAAUCUGGAUUUAAUGAGAUCGCAGGAGCAAGUUUUGUUCACACACCUAAUCUGCAACUCCUACUCUUCACCGCAAAUUCCUUUGACCUGAUUGAUGAAGAUGCUUUUGUGGGUUUGCCACAUCUUGAAUACCUAUUCAUUGAAAACAACAGAAUUGCAUCAAUUUCUCCAUUUGCUUUCCGGGGUCUCAAGGCACUGCUACAUUUGAGUCUGGCUUACAACAACCUGGAGACGCUGCCCAAAGAUGUCUUUCGGGGCAUGGACGCUUUGACUAAAGUGGAUCUGCGAGGGAACAAUCUGAUUUGUGAUUGCAAGCUCAAGUGGCUGGUGGAAUGGAUACAUCACACCAAUGCCACUCUGGACCAGAUCUACUGCAGCGGGCCGCCCAUUCACCAGGGGAAGAAGAUCAAUGACCUGCUACCACAUUCUUUUGACUGCAUCACCACAGAGUUUGCUUCCUAUCAGCUGCUGAGGUUUGAGUCGAUUUCAGUGGAAACGUUCACCUUUGGUAAUGAGCAGUACGUCGUGUUUGCUCAGCCGUUUGCUGGCACAUGCAACUUCCUGGAAUGGGAUCAUGUGGAGAUGACCUUUAGAACAUAUGACACAAUUCAAAGCACUUCCACUGUUGUCUGCAAGCCAAUGGUGAUUGACAACCAGCUUUUCAUCAUUGUGGCCCAGCUGUUUGGAGGCUCCCACAUUUACAAACGUGACUCCUCUGCCAACAAGUUCAUCAAGAUCCAGGACAUCGACAUCCUGAGGAUUCGCAAACCAAAUGACAUCGAGACAUUUGUGAUUGAUGGAGAAUCUUUCUUUGUCAUUGCUGACAGCUCUAAGGCUGGGUCUACAACUGUGUACAAAUGGAAUGGCAUUGGUUUCUAUUCCCACCAGUCACUCCACCCCUGGUACAGGGACACUGAUGUUGAAUAUCUGGAAAUCUCCAACAAGCCCCACUUGAUUUUGUCCAGCAGCUCCCAGAGGCCGGUUGUGUACCAGUGGAACAGGAGCCAGAAGAAGUUUGACCGCAGGACAGAUAUACCAGACAUGGAGGAUGUGUUCUCCAUCAAACACUUUCGGGUAAAAGGUGAUCUGUUCAUAUGCUUGACAAGAUACAUCGGGGACUCCAGGGUGAUGCGCUGGGAUGGUGCCAUGUUCAAAGAAGUCCAGACAUUCCCCUCCCGUGGCUCCAUGGUGUUCCAGCCUGUCUCCGUGGGCAAGUGGCAGUAUGCCAUCCUGGGCAGCGAUUAUUCACUGACACAAGUCUACCAAUGGGAUGCUAAGAGGGGGCAGUUUGUCCCAUCUCAGGAGCUCAGUAUUCAGGCACCCCGGGGAUUUUCUGUGGUCUCUGUUGACAACCGGGUGUUCUUGCUUGCAUCCAGCUUCAAGGGAAAAACUCAGAUUUACGAGCACUUAAUGAUUGAUUUGAGUGAUUAAGAUAAUCAGUUCUUUGGGAAACCUUCCUGCUCAAAUUAAAUUUUCUGUGACGAUGUAGAAUCAUGAGUCCAAAUUUCCAUUCAUUAACCGUGUCCUGCCAUAGGGUAUACCUACCAGGUCCUAGAAGCAGCAUAUUAAAAAAAAUAGACUGUUACCUAAUUGAGAAUUACUUCCUUUAUUCAACAAAAAUAAAAAUAAAAAAAUCAAGCCAGAAAUUUACCACUUUUAUUCAUUUUCAGUCGUUGCUCUAUUGAAAUUAUGUGUUUUACAAAAUCACAAUAUCUUUCUAAUGUUGAUUUUUUUUCUUCAACAAAUGUUGUGAAAGGUUUUGUAAUUUUGGCUUACCUCUCCAGUUUAUCAAGCCAGUUCAGGGAAAUAUAUAUUUACCAGUAUAAAUGCUACUGCUUGCUAUUGACAUGCAACAAAAUGAAAUUAAACACUUCAGUUUAAAGUGUCUUUGUAAGACACGAUUGCUCAUCCUUAUCUGUUCUGAACUUAUUAGGUGGUUAUUUAAGGAUGUAGAACUUUAAUUUGGCUGUAUGAUAAUUCAUCAAGUAUUAUUUUGAUAGUUCAUAAAUAUUUGGUGUUUAGUUUUUAUGUCAUAACGCAAUGCAAUAGCACAAAUUAGAUAUCAAUCAGGAGAGCUGAGAUAUUUUUUAGGGUCCAAAUGUUUUAUCUUUGUGUCCCCUGAAGUAUGUAUACUGAGCCUAUAUUUAUAUUAAAGGUUUCCUCUGAUUUUGAAUCAAAGCCAUUUAAAACCCACACUGUGAACCAAGAGCCCUACAGACUUACUCAUAAUAGUCCAAAUGGAGAUCUUGAACAAUCCAAUAAUCUUAAACAUGUUAUUUACAGUUUUGCUACAGUUUCAGUUAUGUAGUUUCCAGUAUUAUGACAGGUUUUUUUAAAAAAACAUAAUGCCAUAGGUUAAUAACACACCCUUGCAUUUCAAGGGAAAAUAGGACUUAUUCCCAUUCUGUGACAGUUCUUUGGCAGUUGAUCAACUUGCACUCCUUAAUCCUCCCAUUUACGCUUAGAAACUGUGAUGAGACAUCCACUUGUGAGAAACUGAGAAAAACAAAACUAUUUCCUGCAUGUCUGAUACAUAAAAUCAUGGUUUUGGUUUCCCAAUGAAUAACGCACCAGAAGCAUCCUAAUGUGCAACUGAGCCCUCUCUCUUGCACUGAAUUCUUAGCCCUUUUUCCCUCCAGCAACAAAAACCAUUGUUGUCUUUAAUCUACAGCUAAAUCCUAACCACUGUGAUACUCAUGCUACCUGUGCUUUCACACUCUCCUCUUACUCUGACAUUAAAAGGAAAUAACAAAUAACAUCCCAGACAUCAACUUGCCAAAUAUAGCAUUAUGUGUUUACAAUGUGUGUGUAAUUUAUAAUACUUUUGUAAGUAGAGAGGUCCAGAAUCAGUGUUAUUUUUGAUAGCCAGUAGAAUUAGGUGUUGCAUAGAAAAAGGUCACCUUAUUAUCAUGUUUUUCUGCAUAACAGUAGAGAUUGUGUUAGUGUAUAUCUUCCUUCUCGUUUUGCUCAUUGUAAUUUAUAUCUUGUAGCACUAAAUUGCUAAAUCAGAAAUUAUGUUUAUUUGCUUGAUUGUCAAUGUCAUUAAUCAAAUAUUGUGGAAAAGAUUCACAUCAAGUCUUGUGUGGCAAACUUUGUUUUUCCAUAAUAUUUUCCUCAUGCUGAUAAAUAAAUUAAUAAAUCCUUUGCAACAUGUAUCUGUGUGAUAUUAAUGCAUGCAGAAUUUUAACAAUAGUUCUACAGUAUUAAUUCAAAUAUGAUUGUGACAGCUUAUGAUUUCAAACUAAGUUGAACAGUAUUGUGUUGUGUAUUUAAUUAUUUUAUUAACACAAGAUAUUA